UUUCAAAAAUGUAACUCAGUUAAGAAGGAGAUUUUGUAACUGUCAGACGCGUUCAAUUCACCAAUCGUUAACCGCGAAAAAUGGUCAAUCAUUUAAAAAUUGGCUUGUUAGGAGUUUUAGUAAUAUUUUGUAUUAUUGCAGGAAAUGAAGGCAAAGAUCAAACUCAUGAUGAGGAGGAACAUGAUCCAGAUCCAGAGAUUUCCAUCAAUGAUGCCAAAUAUCAAGCAUCUUUGCGCUUGGUUUCAUUGGAAAAGACCAAAGGCUAUGGCCAUGGACACCUAUGCUCAGGAUCGAUUAUUACUCAAAGAGUGAUUCUAACCGCUGCCCAUUGUGUGGUCAAUGCCAGCAAAACUCCUCCAAGCGACCAUAAUGCCGAUGAGUUUGUAGUAGUAGUGGGCUCAGGCAAUUUGUAUGACAAGGCUGACACUCUGCAAUACAAUGUGAAGAAAAUUGUCAAACACAAUUCGUUUGAUUCGAAAACCUAUUACAAUGACAUUGCCUUGUUAUACCUCAAUGACUCUAUUCCAUGGACUUGGCCCACGGCAAAGGCUAUCAGUCUAAAUAGCAAGCUGGUGCCGGAACAAACGAUGUGCAAUGCCACUAGUUGGCUCAGAGAAGAGGAUUGUAAACCCACCAAACUGUUGAGUAUUACUGUACCCAUCAUAUCCCAUGAAACCUGCGCCUACCGCCAUGAAAAUGUCAGCGAAAGUGUAAUUUGCGGAGGUCACGAACUUCCCCCUGGAGAGGAGGAGGAAUCUUGUCAAGGAGAUGCCGGUGGUUCCCUAGUUUGCAAUGGCAAACUAGCUGGCGUCGUUUUCCGGGGUGAUGGCAUGGGCAGACCCAACAAUCCGGGAAUAUUUACAAAUGUCUCAUAUUUCUAUGAUUGGAUUGUAAAAACCAAUGGAACAUUUGAUUACAAAAAUAGCGCCAACGGCCUGAGUGUUUCUUCUGCUCAAAUUUUAAUCUUGCUCUUUAGUGUAUUGGGCUAUAAUUUGUUUUAGAUAAGAAUUAGAAAAUAAUUGUAUUUCAAUAUAAGAGUCAACGCCUUUGGCUAAAUAAAUAUACACUUAGAAUAAUAA